GCCAGCGAAUGAGUGAGAUCUCCAUAUUCAGGAGGAACCAUGUACACUAAGGCAGCUUUGUUCGCGACGAUCGUGCUCGCGGCCGAAGCCGUGCACCAUCAAGUAGUUUACGGUCGAAGCGACCAUAUCCCGAGGAUGCACCACGACCUGCGACGGCAGCACGAAGCCCAGUUCCAGCAAUUCGUCGGCCUGACGAGAAGUUGUUUGAUUGAGGUGUUCCCCAGAACUGGUUUGCCAGAGGACCAGCAGAGAAUUCUUCUCGACAUGAUUCGCCCCAUUCCCGAAUUAGAGCGAGAACACAGGAGGGACUUCCCUGACGACGGUGAGAAGGAGAGAAGCCUCCCCCGACCCCCACUGGGUCCUCCACCUCCUCCUUUCAAAUGCACUGAGCUGGGCGAAGUCAUCCCGCUCACGCCUGCGGAGCUAUACGUUCGGGCCGCGAACAAGAUCCUCGAUAGGACCGACAAGAUCGCUGAGCGUAAGAAAGCUCAAGAUUCCUUGCUGCUCGCUCUGCCCUGCAUGGAUAGAAUGUUCAGGAAAGAUGUUGAAGUAAAACCGAUCCCUGGAAAACCUGUCGAACAUCCACCUGUACCUAUACCAGUACCGGUUGCCGGUUGAAAUAAACCUGUCCGGACGAAAUAAACGCCUCCUCGACCG